AUGACGAUGGUUCCGUCUGGCCUGGAUGAAGACGCACUACGGCCCGCCGACGUCCAUGAUAUUACCGAAGAAGGAUCGGAUAUGACUCGUGAUAUAUUUUUUGCCAUUCUCAAGGAAACUCAAGAUAAUCCGUCACGUCCAAAGUCGUUGCCAGACCAAAGUGAAAUUUUGCACAAAACUAUAGGUAAAGCGUCCGACAUCGCUCAGCCUGGUGGAUUUCGUCGUGAUCACGUGAUUACAAAUAUGAGAGGCAACAGCCCACACGUCCCACCCUACGUACAAGACUCAUUCCUUGAUUCGAUCCAACCAACACCCGGAAUUUUGCAGUCUGCUUAUGGAGACUUUAUCGUGGCCAAUCUUGGACUAGCAGAUGAUGAUGAUGAUUUAGCUGAGUCGGCAACGCCAUUACUUCGUCGAUCUUGGAAGCGAAUACCUGAAAAACAGCAGCGUGGUGCCACUAUUGGAAAAACAGUAUUUACAAUCUUAAAGUCAUUUAUCGGAAGUGGAAUUUUAUUCCUUCCAAAGGGAUUCGAGAACGGAGGCAUGCUCUUUUCACUUGCAGCACUGUGUAUUUCUGCAGUGCUAUCGACGUUUUGCAUGCUUCGAUUAGCAAAGUGCUCCAAUAUGUUGCUGCAAAAUGGGCGCUCAAACGUGUCAUAUGGCCUUAUAGGAGAAAAAGCCUGCGGCAAGUUGGGUCGUAUAGCUGUGAAUAUUUCAUUAGUGCUCUCGCAAACGGGCUUUUGCUGCUCGUACUUAAUUUUCGUGGAGAAAAACAUCGGUGAGGUCAUUUUAGCCGCCUUUGGAAUUCAAAGAACCAUUGCGUCUUCAUCGUUGACGCUUAUCAUGCUUCAAAUUUUGUUGUACACGCCAUUGUCAUGGGUGCGUCGCAUCGAAUACUUUGCGCUCACGAAUCUGUUCGCAGAUCUCCUAAUCUUGUUUGGAAUCGUCUAUAUCCUCUCGUACACAAUUCAAAUGUUAAAAGAAGCGAAAGUCGGAAGUGUGACGUGUACAAACUUUAACUCGACAAGCUGGGCCCUACUUCUAGGAACAGCUGUCUACUGCUUUGAAGGCAUUGGAUUAGUACUUCCAAUAUACGACGCUAUGGAUGACGACAUAAAACAGAAAUUCCCACGCAUCCUAUCUUACACCAUGCUAUUUCUCGUGAUGCUUUUCUCAGUGUUCGCUGGGCUUGUGUAUGCUGCCUUUGGUGAGAACACACAAUCUGUUGUAACUCUCAAUCUACCGAGCGCCCAAGACAGCAUCGCCACCAUGUCUGUGCAGAUUACGUACUCGCUUGCGCUCAUACUGACGUACCCGCUGAUGUUAUACCCAGUGGUAAAAAUUCUUGAAUGUUACAUCUUCCCUUAUCACAGUCGAAAAGGCUAUUGGCGCUGGGAAAAGAAUGGGUUUCGGUUUGCACUAGUGUGUCUUACAGCUGCCAUUGCUUAUUAUGGCAAAGAAGAGCUGGAUAACUUUGUGGCGCUGAUUGUUGGCAUCCUCAUCAUGAUAUUUGCCACUUACCAGGCCGCAUCUACGUGGAAAUAA